AUGACAACUGAAUUGCGUGGAACACCGCUUACGAACCAAUUGACGCGAUCCCUCGAACUUCAAGCUUCUGUGCAAUCGGACCAUGUCAAACUCAUCAACACUUCCGGGAAGCGCAUCGUGUUUGGAGUGAGCACGGCCCAGAAGAAAGCGACGACGACGCCGACCGGAGUGCUCGAUCCCAACGAGUCCAUCAUUUUCGUGGUGAAGUGCGAGGGUACUGAGGUAAUUGAGUUCAAAUUCUCCUCGCGGAAACCUGAAUAAGUUGCAGCAAAACGAUAGAGUUACGAUUAUCUACACAAUUCCUCCGGAGGGAUCUGAUAAGCAGUACAGAUCCGAUUAUUUCCUCGCCGAGAACAGCUUGGUGGUCAGAAAGAACCUGCCGAACCGUUUUGCCAAAAUCACUGCGGUUCUGGCCUGUUCAGUUAACUAA